AUGGCUCCAACAACUACAACGAAAGCCACCACGUCUAAGACCAAGGCUCCCUCCAAGAAGGAGAAGAUUUUUCACCCAAACUCUCGAAAAGCCGAUCAGCUCAACCGCAAGCAAACUCGCAAGGCGAAACUGGAAAGCCAAGCAUCCAAUAGAGUGAAGAAAAAUAGCUCAAGGACCGAUCUUUACGGUUUCUUCUAUCAUGCCUUACCAGAAGAGGGCGAACUUACUCUGGACGAAUUGCACGAUCUCAUCCGAGACGUCUGGCUGACGCGACACGAUGUGGAGAUUGAGGAAGAGCAGGCCGCGCGGAGAAAGGGGCGCCCAAAGAGCGUCAAGCAACAGAAGCUGGAGGAUCUGAAGUUACGCGAGUCCGAAGAGUACAGGACAGGGAUGGAGGUCCUGGACCUCACGCACCCUGAAAACGUCGCGCUUCUGAGGAAAUGGGAUCAAAUCGAAUAUGCCUACAUCCAGAUACUUCGCUUCAUCCGUAUCAACAGCGUCAACCGGGACAUCGUUCUUGUGUCAAGACCUGGAAAACAUCACUCUCUUGUCCCGACCAAAGAACAUCCCGCUGAUCCCCAAAACGCGAGCGAUGCAGCGAUGGACGUAGAACCCUCGGACAGCGCUUCAAGUCCGCCGCCACUGCUUAUGGACCCCGCUUCGCGCUUCUCCAGCACCAUCAUGUCUAUGGAUGGUCCCGCAUGA